GGGUUUUUGAGUCGUUUUGUUGUUGUAAUUAAGACAGAGGGACCACCCGAUUUCCCACUGCCGUCCUGUACGUUCGGAGCUGUAGUGCCUAGGGUGUCCAGGACCAAAAUGCGGACGUGGACGAGUGUGCUGGUGUUAAUAGGACUCCUAGGAGCCUUAUCCACGACUGGCGCCGAAGGAUCCCCAGACGAAGCGGAAGCCAUGGCCAGAGACGGAUCCUUCGAAACCUGCUCGUGCGAAGACCUCACCCAGACCUGCAUUUGCACGAAACCGGACGGAUUCAUCGUCCAGAAUAAGCCAGCACUGACUGGGAAGUACCAAGUGGACAUUGGGACCCCGUCAUCUCUCGUCGUGUUCUUCCGAAGCGACGAAAUUCCGACAUUAAGCAGCUUGUGCAACAUUAAAAUCGGAGACAUCGAGUUCAAGAGCAAGGACAGCCUGCAAGAAGAGAAUUUCGUUGUUGUCGACACGGAUAGUAUCGUGCAAUUAUUCACUUAUCAGUGCAAUGAAAUAAGGUUGAUGUAUUACACUUUUCCGAAGGAUUUCAACAAGACAGUGACCGUGUUGGAAGGUCCCUCGGGCAACCUGCUAGCUCCUCCAGACCAAACAGGCUACUUUUCUUACCAACCUAUGGUGCAGUGUCUCUGGAUCUUAGAAGUCGGUCCCGUGGGCUCCCACAUCGACAUGACCUUGAACUGGAUUAACCUCGGGACCCACAACUCCAUCAUCCACGACUAUACGAUGACCAACGUUUCGAAUGGCGAUUUUCUCCUCAUCGGGGCGGGACAGGAUGUUUUGGCAGGCAGAGAAACCAUGUUCUUCGGGCGUCGGGAAAACCCUCAGCGGAUCGCAAUACCCAGCAACGUGGCUCAUGUUUUCUUCUACUCUCUCUACUCGUUCUACAAUACGACGGGUUUCAACAUUACCUACACUUCUACAGGACCCCAAGAGACGGACCCGCCCUUGUCUACGACCACGACAGAAAGCCCACCCGCGCCCGUCACCCUCGAGACGAACGCCAUCGUGGCUAUCAACGGGCUGCCGGUGGAGGAGGGACUGGGAAACAUACCGACGUUUAGGCGAGUCAUGGCUGAAAUGAGCAGCGACUACGUCAAAGAAAACGGGAUCGCCAUCUCCACUAACAACGUCACGUACAAAAUGGUCCAGAUCCUCCACCUGGCUACCUGCAAUCCUUUCCAUUGCCAAGAGAAUUGCAUCGCCUUCAACUUCAGCGUGGGCGCCCUCGACCCCAAAGGCGACUGGGUCUUCACGAAGGAAGUUUUGGUGGAUAUGUUGCAGAAGAAGGAUAUUCAAGACUAUUACGAAGCGUGGGCGGAAUGCGACGAAGGCUCGCAGGUCGUGUCGUGGAUCUACAUCUUGACGGCGAUAUGUGUCGUGGUCGCCGCCGCCGCCCUGUCCCUCGCGGUCUGGAGGUGCAGCUCGGCCAACAGGAUCAAGGACUCCCGCUUGGCGUACGAGCAGCAGGAGAAACAAAAACGCGACGACAUGCGCCGCAGGUCCUCGGGAGACAUCUCUAUGAUCGGGAUCGGCGGCUCCAUCUCCUCCAGGGGGUCUAUGGCCUCCAGGAGGUUCACGAUGCCCUUCCCCAAGCCAGGCAGGACCGACGAAGACGAAGACGACGACCUGUACGACAUGAGCAAUUACAAGGAAUACGACCCUGACCUCGGUCGUGUUGAUCCUCAAGAAUUUGGACUUCAGAAAGAGUUCUUGACAGAUUUACACGCCGUGACAUACUUCACAAACGAGGCCUUUGAAGGGGACGAGGACACAGACAAAACCAUCUUCCAGAGACAACAGGAGCAGCCAGCCGAUCUCCCGGGUACAGACAGCGAAGACUCAGAUGGCGGGGCAGUUAGUUUUUCCAGUUUCAAAAAGAAGAAAUCCCCUUCUCACUUCACCUUCUCUGCUGACGUCCACGAUCUUGAAUCCUCUGGGGAAACAGCUCUCUGAUUCCUUCAAUCAAGCCUCCCCAAUGAAUGCUUCCCUCUGGCGACUGCAAUCCGUGAUUCCUGCCGUUAGAUUGCCUGGUCCUUGCCGCCAUCUGCCUUUUCUUUAAUAACCAUACGGGGCUCAGUCCUCCUCCUGUCUUUUUCAAAAGCCAUUUGUAGCCAGUUCUCUUUUUCUUGCCGCUAUGUCCUUUUUUUUUUUUAACAACCAUACGUGGCUCUCUAAUUGCUUUUUAGAUUUUUUUUUUGUUUUAAGUUCUUGCCACCAUCUGCUUUUUUAACAACUAUAUGUGUCUCAGUCCUUUUGGUUCUUGCUGCCAGCCUCUGCCAGCGAUUGGUUUGAUUCUCUUAUCAAUAACAUCUAUUCCUUUUUUUUUAUGUUUUUUCUUCUCCCCGUCUUCUUUUUUGUUUUAUUCAUUUUUUCUUGUCUUUCUUCUUUUUCUUUUUCUUUUCUUUUCGUUUUUCUUUUUUUCUUCUUCCUUUUCUUUUCUUCUUUUCAUAUUCCUCAUCUUCAUCUUUCUUCUUUCUAUCUAUCUCCCUCUGUCGUUCCUGUUAUUCCAUAUUUCAGCUUUAAUUGAUUUCGUGUUUCGAUAAAUUCUCAUUUUGAUCUUGUUGUGGACGAUUUGCAAAUGAUUAUUGAUUUUCAGUUUUCAAUUGAAAUCUGUAUCUGUCUCUGUAGAUGUUAUUAUGAAUAUGAUGUAAUAUUUUUAAAAUCGACUUAAAUUGUGAAACUGUCUGUAUUUCAUGUAUAUCAUUCACUUUUUUUUAUGAGUGUUGUCUUAUGUAGUUAGAAUAUUAGCAAUAGAUAGGCUCUUCGUAUAUAAGCUUUAUAAUAAAUAUUGGCUUCAAA